UCCUUUAGAGAGUCGGUCGGCUGUACUCGGCUGAGUCGCUGCAACCAGCUGAGGAGGAACAACAACUUUCUUCCUCUCCCCGCAACGCUUCUUUUUGAAAGUCAUUGCCGAGUUAAAGACUACGACGAAGAUCUCGUCUGCAUCCGCUUCAGGAAGUAGAAAGUCUUCCCCGAGCGCAAUGACACAGUUCCCCUUGCCGCAGCUCCGCUUUGGGCUGCUGACCUGCGCGCUGCUGCUCGUGUUACCUUUGGAGGUCCCCUGUCACCCGACACUGAUCUCGGGUCAGCCAAAUCUUAUAAUGGAGCGUCUGCCAAUGUUCAAAUUCAACUGGACCAGCAUCUCCUGCCGCGCGUGUCAAGUCCUCUUCACCAUUCUGGAUGUGGCUCUCCUGAGCGACCUAAACGAAGAGCGAGUGGCCCGUGCCGUGGGCGAAGCCUGCGUGCGCCUCCACCUGGCCGAUGAGCAAGUGUGUCGUGACAUAACCGAGCUUUUCCGGGACGACUUCAUCCGGGCCUUGCAGGAGUCCUUGCUGUGGCCGUCGGAGGCGUGCGGCCUGCUGGUGGGCCCCGCUUGCGGCAAGUUUGACAUCUACGCCUCGUGGAACAUUACUUUACCCAAGGACCCCAAGCCUCCCGUAAAACCACCUGUCCCGCCAAAACCCGGGUCGCCGAAGAGCAGGGUUCUGUUUCUCACGGACAUCCACUGGGACAGAGAGUACGUGACUGGUAGUGCCGCAGACUGCAAGGAGCCUCUCUGCUGCCGUAAUGACUCCGACUCCCCCAAGUGGCGACGCAGGGAAGCGGGCUACUGGGGAACAUACAGCAAGUGUGACCUCCCGCUCAGGACGGUGGGAAACCUCCUGGAAAAUGUAGCCAGGUCCGGACCCUGGGACUGGGUCUACUGGACGGGAGAUAUACCGGCCCACAACGUCUGGUCUCAAACUAGGAAACAACAACUGUCUGCACUUACUGUCAUCACCAGGCUCAUACAGAAACACCUCGGGCCGAAUGUGACGGUCUACCCUGCUAUUGGAAAUCACGAGAGCACACCGGUGAACAGCUUCCCACCUCCUUUCGUUCACGGCAACAGAUCCGCCGCCUGGUUAUAUGACACCAUGGCUGACGAGUGGUCAAAAUGGCUGCCGAAGCAGACGUUGAAGUCGCUCAGAUACGGAGGAUUUUACACAACUGAGAUCCAGCCGGGUCUAAGGCUGGUGUCCCUCAAUAUGAACUUCUGCGCUCGGGAGAACUUCUGGCUCAUGGUGAACUCCACCGACCCUGCCAACCAGCUCCAGUGGCUGGUUCAUGUUCUUCAGGCCAGCGAAGACAAGGGAGAGAAGGUUCAUAUCAUUGGUCAUAUUCCACCUGGUUUAUGUUUGGGCAGCUGGAGUUGGAACUACUAUCAUAUUAUCAACAGAUAUGAAAGUACCAUCACGGGUCAGUUUUUUGGACACACACACUUCGAUGAGUUCCAGAUGUUUUACGACGAGGAGACCUUGAAUCGUCCACUGGGCGUUGCGUUCAUUUCUCCCAGUGUGACCACCUACAUUAAUUUAAACCCAGGUUAUCGUGUCUACUACCUCGAUGGAAACUACCAAAGCAGCUCCAGGAUGGUUUUGGACCACGAGACCUAUAUCCUCAACUUGACUGAGGCUAACUACAAAUUGGGAGAGCCCCAAGAGAACCCCAAGUGGACUCUGCUGUACCGCGCCACCGAGGCUUACGGGCUGUCCAGCCUUUUCCCCUCCGACUUGGACGGGCUGGUGCGGAGCUUCUUCGGGGACGACCGCCUCUUCCGGAAAUUCUGGUACUUCCGACAUAAGGGGCACGUUUCCGAGCCGUGCGAGGAGACGUGCAAAACUGGCAUCUUGUGCUUUUUGAAAAGCGGCAGGUACGACUUGCUGCAGCACUGUGAUUUCGUUAAUGGUGUCAAAGUGAGGAAAAGUCUGUGUUAGGUAAAUGCAGAUGAAGUGAGGAACACUUUGUUGCUAAGAAUGUCUUCGGUUUACUUGAAAUGCAGGUCACAAUCAAUCCCUGAACUUGUCUACUGUCUGCACUUUAAUCUGAUCAAAUUCAAAUAUGUUGACAAUUGUAAUGUAUAAAAAUAGUGCUGUACUCAAAUUGACACGCACAAGCUACGUUUGCAUGAUGUAGCUUUUUGAUUCUGUAUAAAUUGUAAAUAAAAUAUGUAGAUAUUUGAA